AUUAUAAAGUAAUAGGUAUAGUUACUAUCCUUUUGUUCACUGCGUAGGUGUAUCAAUUAUAUAUCUGUAUCAUACAGAUUACCUAUCAGUGAUUUAUUAGAGAAUGAAAAGAUAAAAAGAACUUAGUCAUAUUAAACGUGUGCGUGUAUCGAUUUGUAUACAGAAAUUACAGCAUAAAUCUUAUUGAAUAUUAUGUCAUUAUAGUGUACAUUUCUGCAUGAAUAGUUAUUACGAUAAACAAAUCCAGAACAAUGAACAAAAAUAAUGUUCUGUAACGAACUGUGUUUUUGACAAUACAUAUAUAUAUUAUGAAAUAAUUAGUAAAUAACAUCUUAAUCGAUUUCAUCAGUUUAAAACAUGUGUCGAAUAUAUAAUAUUAUAUGAAACAAACUAAAUGUAAAUAUAGCGAUAAUAAACACAAUAUUAAAGAAGAAUGAAGAAAUUAGUUUGAAAUUACUCUUGUACUAUCGUACUAUUGUUUGAUAUUUUACAGUCAAUGACAAAAAGAGACGAAAAACUGGAAAUAUCCAUUGUACCCAAUGUCAACUAUUCUGGUCUGUUUAGAAUAUCCAUGAUUGAGUACUAACAAUAAUUUGUGUUUGAUUUUGUUUAGAAUUAAAUCUUAUUGAUUAUCUUACUACGAAUAAUCGAUGUUUAGUUAGUUCAGUAACGCGGAUCCGUCGUACAUCUCUUGUAAAUAAUGAUUUUAUCGAUUCUGAACAAUCUUCGUACGAAGAAAUUGCUGCAACAAUCCCAAACAAAGAUGAUCCAUCAAUGCCAUGUUUGACGUUCAAGAGUUGUCUAUUGAGUUUCCUUUUUAUCGUCAUUAUGUCUAUGGUUCAUCAAAUAUUCUGGUAUUACAAAGUUAAAUUUGCUAUUUAUCCAAUUUCUGUUAUUCUCCUAUCAUAUCCGCUAGCAAAAUUAUUAAACGUUAUUCUUCCACGAAAAUCUAUUCGUAUCUAUCAUUGGAAUAUGUCAUUGAAUCCAACAGGACAUUUUACCGUCAAAGAGCACACAAUAAUAGCCAUAGCGGCCAAUGUUUGUUGGAACUAUCGAAAUACGUAUUUUUAUUCAAAUAGUGAAUUAAAUUAUUAUUUAUCAAACAUGAAAUUUGAAAUUGGAUUUUUUCUCAAUAUUUCCAUUCAACUAUUGGGCUAUGGUCUCGCAGGUUUGAUGCGUAAAUUUCUGGUAUGGCCUAGCGGUCUAAUAUGGCCGUCAACAUUCCCUAUAAUAGCUGCACUACGUACAUUACAUGAUGCUGGUCGAAAACGAAAACAAUGGAAGAUAACCUAUUCCACAUUCUUUCUCAUCGCCCUCGUGUGUCAAUUUAUUUAUUGUUGGUUUCCGCAUUACAUCAUGAUUGUUUUGACAGCCUUCUCGUUGAUAUGUAUAAUUAGACCUAAUAAUCUUUUGCUUGCACAAAUAACUGGUGAUCAAGGACUCGGACUAGGCUCAUUUGUAUUUGAUUGGUAUUCGAUUACUCAGUAUCUGGGUUCACCGGUAAUUCUUCCAACAUGGGCAUUGUGGAAUAUUCUAGUGGGUUUUAUUAUAGUUAGUUGGAUUAUGACACCUAUUAUAUACUACACAAAUACGUGGUAUUCAAAAGCAUAUCCGAUAGCAAUGUUCGGUGUACUAAUACCAGAUAAUAAGUAUAAACCAUAUGUUAGUUUCAACGCAGAGGGAGUCAAAACAAUCGUUGGUCUCGAUUCGAACAAUCAGACCGUGUAUCAAGUAUAUCAGACUGGCUAUAUGUCGGCCAUGAGUAUUGUCUCGUCGAGUGCAACGCUUGCUUGUUUAACAGCUGUAAUUGUUCAUACUAUACUUUAUCAUUCAACAGAUAUCCGAGAACAAUUUAAAACAUCCGUAUCCAGCAAGGGCAAUGAUGUUCACUGUAAACUGAUGUCAAAAUAUCCUGAUAUUCGUGGAUGGUGGUUUCUUGCUCUCUUUCUUAUGUCACUAAUUGUAUCAUUAAUCACUGUUCAAUUCAGUAGUUUGAUGCCAUGGUAUGAUGUUUUACUCGCUAUACUUGUUGCAUUUUUAUUUGUUUUGCCAUUUGGCAUCCUUACAUCAAUUACCGGUCAAAUAAUUCAAAAUCAGAGUGUAGCUAUUAUUUGUAUGACAAUUGGGAGUGCUCUUCUGAAACGGAAUUCAUCCCUUCAAACAUUUAAAGCCUUUUCAUAUACGACAUUUUGUCAAACAUUGUAUUUCGUCUCGAACAUGAAAUUAGGUCAUUAUAUGAAGAUAAAGCCAAGAGUUAUGUUUUUUACUCAAACCGCAACAUGUUUACUUUGUUCAAUUAUUAGUUAUUGUACGCAAUAUUUUAUCGUUCACAAUAUCAAAGGUGUUUGUAAUGGAACAUACACUGGAUGGUCAUGUCAGAAUUCAUUGUCAAUAUUUGACAACUCUCCUCUAGCCAACAAUGGUCUGUAUUUUAAAGGCAUGAAUUACAACAUCUUCUUAUGGUCAUUUCUUAUUGGUGCUAUACUUCCUCUUCCAUUUUGGCUUUUACGUUGGAAAUUUCCUAAUAGUCGAUGGUUAAAAUAUGUACAUAUACCUCUUAUGUUAACAUUAACGUCAUGGAUGCCAAACGUAUCAACAAGUACAUUUAUAUCUUGGCUUACCGUUGGAUUGUUAUGCAAUUGGCUUGUUGGAAAACUCUGGUGGAGAAGAUAUGUUUAUUUAUUUUCAGCUGCAAUGGAUGCUGGUUCCAACAUAUGCCUUAUCCUAAUAGGAGCAAUACUGACUAGUCAAAAUGUAACAUUUCCUGAAUGGUGGGGCACAAGAGCUAUGUGUCCGUUGUCAAAUGCAGAUUCAGUUGGAACUAUUUUUAGUCUCAACUGGAUGGGAUAG